GUUUUUCGGCGCCUUUGUCCUUCCGCCAUUUUGCGUGUCUAGCGCUGAUUGGGCUCCGUGCUCCGGUUCUGGAACCAAUCAGAGCGGAGAGGAGAACCGAGACCGGGAGAGGUGAUACUCAUAGACUGCAGGACUGCAGAUGGAGCAGUACACAACAAGCAGCAAUGGCUCUCCAGAACAGAUUGUGGUCCAGGCGGGGCAGAUCCAGCAGCAGGUACAAGGCCAGCCGCUAAUGGUACAAGUCAGUGGCGGUCAACUGAUUACUUCUACUGGACAACCAAUUAUGGUUCAGGCAAUGGGUGGACAAGGUCAAACUCUUAUGCAAGUUCCUGUAUCUGGAUCCCAAGGUCUUCAGCAGAUCCAGUUGGUGCAGCAAGGGCAGAUUCAGAUCCAAGGAGGACAGGCUGUCCAGCUUCAAACGCAGCAGGGCCAGCCACAGCAAAUAAUCAUUCAGCAGCCACAGACUGCGGUCACAGCAGGGCAGAGUCAGAGUCAGCAGCAGAUAGCUGUUCAGGGUCAGCAGGUUGCACAGACAGCAGAAGGACAAACCAUCGUUUACCAGCCAGUGAAUGCUGAUGGUACAAUUCUACAGCAAGGAAUGAUCACUAUACCAGCUGCCAGCUUGGCAGGAGCCCAGAUUGUACAAGCCGGAGGAAACGCCAGUACCACAAAUAGUAGCCAGGGAACAGUGACUGUUACUCUACCUGUAACGGGAAAUGUGAUGAACUCUGGGGGCAUGGUUAUGAUGGUUCCUGGUGCAAGUUCUGUCCCUGCUCUGCAAAGAAUCCCUCUACCAGGAGCUGAGAUGCUGGAGGAGGAACCAUUAUAUGUUAACGCCAAGCAAUAUCAUCGCAUUCUGAAGAGGCGCCAGGCAAGAGCCAAAUUAGAGGCUGAGGGCAAAAUCCCCAAAGAGAGGAGAAAAUAUUUGCAUGAAUCACGUCAUCGCCAUGCUAUGGCCAGGAAAAGGGGAGAUGGCGGACGCUUCUUCUCCCCAAAAGAAAAAGAGGGUCAUCACUUGCAGGAAGUGGAGUUUCAAUAAACAUAAGAUGGAGCCGAUCGAACGGAUUCAUCUCAGGGAAGAGAAGUUUACACACAUGAUGCAGCCAUGCUGGAACAGUGACUUUAUAACUUCCACUAUGUCAGAUUUAUAACCUUCCUCGACCUACGUUUAACCAAAUGGCACUGUGCCCAUAAAGGUAGUCAGUCGCCAGGAAUUUUACUGUCAAAGCAGGCACAAGUCUUGUAGCCCAGCUGAAUGUAAUGAUACUUUUCACAUAGCGAUCUAUUGUCUUUCUGGAGAAAAUACUUUUAAUCUCUAUGUAAAUAAGCAGUUAAGGCUACUUUUACACUUGCGGCAGAGUUGGUCUGGCAAAGCGUAUGCCAACUGAUUGCAUUUUAAGACUAAUCAGGAUCCUGAUCCAUCUUACAAAUGCAUUGCAAAAACUGAU